AUGGCUGAAAAUAGAAGUGGUAGUAAUAGGGAUGCGUCCAUGCUUGAUGUGUCUGAUGCAAGUCAUCAGGAUUUGAAUAACAAAUCUGAUUCGCUAAGUUACAGCUUUUCGCAAAUGAACGUGGACAGUCCCAACGAGUUGGAACCACAGCUAAACACAAGGAGUAGAUCGAGGUCUACGUUGAUAUUUGAUGAUGAUGAUGAAAUACCUCCAUACUCAAAGCACCAGGAGCACUACUCUGGUACUUUGUCUGAUUUCGAAGGCGAGAAUAGUAGUGUAGCAAGUAGCAUAGAUAGCGCAGAGAAUACUUCAGAGUCUAAUACUGUCUUUAACAACGCCACUAGUACGGAUAACACAGAUAACACAGCAAGUUCACAAUCAGGUACAGCCUCUCAACAAUCACAGUCUGCAAUGAACCAAUCAGGUCAAUUCGAUUCCGAUUCUAGUGGCUCUAGGGAUCCAAGAGCUUCUAAUAUGGUCCCAGUCGAUAUAACCUGGCAGCAAGGUGGUAACAAAGUAUAUGUCACUGGUUCUUUCACAGGUUGGAGGAAAAUGAUAGGUUUAGUACCAAUGCCUGAUCAACCAAAUGUACUGCACGUCAAAUUACAGUUACCUCCAGGUACGCACAGAUUUAGGUUUAUUGUCGAUAAUGAGUUGAGGUUUAGUGAUUUCCUUCCAACGGCUACAGACCAAAUGGGUAACUUUGUCAACUAUCUGGAGAUUGCGCCCGUUGCAGGUACUGAUGAAAAACCACCUCCAUUAACCCCACAAGUGUCAGGUAAGUCAGGUGAUGAAAGGAAAGAGCCUAUGAGUGCUAGAUCAAGGAUUGCGCUUGAAAUAGAAAGAGAACCAGAUGAUUUAGGUAAUGGGUAUAGUCGUUUCCAUGAUACCUCGCCACUGGAGACAAAGUAUGAAUAUACUCAGGAUAUUCCUGCUGUCUUCACGGAUCCUAAUGUCAUGGAGCAGUACUACCUGACUCUAGAUCAACAAAAGAACAACCACCAAAACAUGGCCUGGCUAACUCCACCACAGUUACCCCCACAUCUCGAGAAUGUUAUUCUGAAUAGCUACUCUAAUGCGCAAGGUGAAUCUAACGAAAAUAACUCAGGUGCUUUGCCUAUACCAAAUCAUGUGAUAUUAAAUCAUUUAGCCACCAGUAGUAUUAAGCACAACACUCUUUGUGUUGCUUCGAUUGUUAGGUAUAAAAGAAAAUAUGUUACACAAAUACUGUAUGCGCCUCUACAGUAA